ACGCGUUUAGCUCGUGACGUCCUUGCUAAAAGUAAUUUGUAUUAACAACAAGCCUAUGUAAUCUUGCAGAGAGAGAGCACGACUUGAAGAAGGUUCUCAAAACAAAUAAUAUUCGCUCACCAAAAUCUGUAGUUCGUUGCCAAAAAGUAUCGCGAGAGCGCCGCGCAAGCUCACUAUGCCAAUAGAAACUUAAACGAACCUUCAUUUCGGCCACCUUCGUCCAACGCCGUAAAUGUAUUUUUACAACAAGCCGCGCCGCGCAGCCGCAAUUCGAAUUUGUGCUAUCGCGCAAAUCGGUCGACACCGCUUGCGUACUUUACACACUCGCCCGCUCACUGAGUAAGAAAACAAGUCGCGGCAUACCAAAAACGAAUUUCAGCGCGCUGAUCGUUAAAUAACACACCGAAAUACCACAAUAGUGCACGGUGCCCGUAAAUAAGGAAAGUAAAAGUGUUCCUCCUCUGGUGUUUUGUUCAUUUAUGGAGGCCUGAAGUUACGAAACACUUGUAGAAAUAUUCAUAGCGCAAGUAUAACAGUCGAAAUUGGAAGGCAAAAGAGAAUACGAAAAAAACAGAUAACAGUAGAGUGUAUGAAUCGCUAACUUGAACGGUUUUUCGAAUUCUUUAGUAACGGUUAAUUCACGCACUGCAAUUUCCUUCAAUAAAUUUAUUUCAUUUUGGAUAAUGUAGCUUACAUUCGGUUAUAUUAAAAGAAAACACAAAUAAAGUUGAGCGCUUAAGUGAAAAGCGUUAAUAAAAUGUCAACAAGGCAGUGGGUGCUAAUAGGAAUUUGCUCCAUAUUUUUUGAAAGUGCACUAAGUCAAUAAUAACAACAAGUCACGAAUAAGUACAACCAAACUACGAAUCAAUAAAACAAAAUAAAAUCCAAACGAAGUGUGUAUCAAAAACCGAUUUUUUUUUUUUUUUUUUUUUUAAUAAUUGUUUAUCAUUUCGUCCACAAUGUACCCCCCCUUGGUACGUGUAACGCUGAAGCCAAACAUUGGCUUUUAUCUCGCCAUUUUAGUGACUUUCUUGAAUGUAGCGGAAUAUGGCGCCGCCAUCAGUAAUGGCAACUUGUCCAAAACCGCUAACACAUCGCUGCCCGCAAUGAUGUCCAGUCAUAGUACAAUCAAUCUCCAGCUACCCGAGUCGCAAGCUGGUGAAAUGGUGACGAACAAGGUGACGGCAUCACAGUGGAGCCCGCGAAACUCGGUGCGACUAAGAGAUGUGCUGAGCAUUUUCGAUAUAUCCAGCGUGGCGGAGCAUUGGAGCAAUAUCCAGAAGGCCAUUGGUAACAAUUGCUCCCAGGACUUGGAACUUUACAUGCGCGGAUUGAAUGCAGCCGAUAUCUGGGCGGUAAAGAUGGAUGAUGCUUCCGGUCAUUAUACAUCUGGCUUUUUCUAUGGAAACAACUAUUGGCUGGGAUCUCUGUCGUUAUGUGAAUCUAUUUACCACGAAGAUGAUAGUGGCAAAUCAAAUGCAAGAUCUGCGAAAAACUCUGGCCUUCCGUUCGCCAAAGCACAUACGCAGCUCUACACAACGGUCUACAAUGAAAAUCCACCCUUUAUGCCCGGGUUCUUUGUUAUAAAGCUUUUCUUGAACGAUACGUUUCCAGCGCUUAUGACUCGAACCAUCUACGUUGGCGUUUGUUUACCUUCUAGCUGUUCAACCAAAGAAGUUAAUAUUUUAGCAGAAUCUACACAAACACCCUCGGCAACACGGAGUGUUAACAUUUUGGAUGUGCGCAUGCCCACCAACGGGAAGUUCAACUUGUACGAUGAUCGAACAUUUUGGAUUCUAAUAAUUGUCACAUCUUUCGUGUUCACUCUUAUAACUGCUGGCACAUUAUACGAAAUAUACCUGACACGUCGCUUGAAAGCAGCACUCCGUCGUCAGGAUAAAGAAAUGAUGAAUAACAGUGAAACCUCGUCUGGCAUUGGCUGUCCUUCGUCUGAUUACAGUGAUUCCUUGGCACAUGCAUCGCUCAAAAAAGAGUCCAUCAAGGAAUCCCUUAACGAACUGAAAAUAGUACUGAACAUGCCGCAUGAGAUAAGUGGCGGUCCGGCGAGUAGCAACAGCACUUCGGAUGAACAUCUGGAAGGUCAUCUACACGAACCGGAAAAACUGGGCGUUUACUCCGAAUUAUUAUUAUCAUUCUCAGCGAUCACCAAUUUCAAUGCGAUCUGUGAUCGAAACGUCGGUGCAGACACCAUUCCGUCUAUACAUGGGUUACGUGCAUUUUCGAUGGCAUGGGUGAUACUAGGUCACACUUGCAUAGUGGUCUUCAAAUACUCAGACAAUAUGGAGAUGCGCAAGGAAGUGGAGAAAAAUUUCUUCUUCCAAGCCAUCACCAACGGACCAUUCAGCGUGGACACAUUCUUCUUUAUCAGUGGUUUCUUAGUUUCAUAUUUGUACUUCCGCACAAACGCCAAAGGAAAACUAAAUAAACUCACGAAAGGAACGAGUGAACUGGCAGCUGGUACAGCACACUUUUUUGGAUUGGUCGCAUAUCGUUUUAUGAGGCUAACAGCUCCGUACAUGUUUGUGCUCGGCGUGGUCCAGGUAUCCAUGAAAUAUUUGGCAGCCUACUCAAUAUUCGAUCCUCCAACUAUGGAUCACGAAACUUGUCCGCAAUAUUGGUGGCGUAACUUGCUGUACAUCAACACACUCUUUCCAGUAGAUCAAAUGUGUAUGCUAUGGAGUUGGUAUCUGGCGAAUGACACACAGUUUUAUAUAAUCGGUGCUAUCAUACUAAUUAUUGGGGUACGACAUUUUAAGCUAUCGGCAUUUACCACACUAUUUUUCUUAGUAUCGUCAUGGAUUACCACAGCAGUUAUAGCAUUUACAAACAACCAUCGUCCAGAUACUGAUGAUCCGCUAGCGCUCUUCGAUAAAAUUUACGACAAACCCUGGACACGUCUUGGUCCCUACCUUAUUGGUAUGGCUGUUGGCUGGAUAUUAUUCCGCACCAACUGUAAAAUCCGCUUACCACGUCUAACGGUAGCCACUCUCUGGGUAUUGGCCAUACUCAACUUGUUUGUUCUCGUGUUCGGGUUGUAUCGUGCCGAAUUAUCACAGUUUAUGGCAGCCGCGUACAGCUCACUCAGUCACUCAGCAUGGGCUCUAUCGCUGGCAUGGAUCACAAUUGCUUGUUCUACAGGAUAUGGUGGAUACAUAAACACAUUGCUUGCAGCUCCUUGCCUCUAUCCAUUCUCGCGGGUCACUUAUUGCGCAUAUCUUGUGCAUCCGAUUGUCAUACGUUCCAUGGCUUUGAACACCGAUGCGCCCCUACAUCUGGGCGGUGACACAAUGGUUAUAUUAUUCUUCGGACUCGUGGUGGCUUCGUAUCUCUUAUCGUUUGUAGUGUCGAUGUCAUUCGAAGCGCCCGUCGUCACCAUGUUGAAAAUCCUGUCUCCUAGUCGAAAAAAGCGUAUUGCUUAGCUUAAGUAUUUUAAUGUAAUAUUUGUAUAUGUUAACAUAUACAUGUACAUAUGUAUGUAUUUAAUUACUUUUUCAUUUACAUUUUAAUCUUGUUCCUUAAGUUUGUAAUCAAUCAACAUGCACAACUUCAUUUAAAAAAUUUACUGAUAUAUACCAUACAUGUACACUGACAUACUGCAAGUGGUAGUUCACUAGUUCAAAAGUGCUUCAGUUCUGAUGCACCCAAAAACAUUACAUCGUUUAUAGCAUAGCCAAUUUAUGGUGCCGAACCGUUAUGAAACACUCAAAAGUUCCAUCACAAUACGCGGCAGUCAUCUCUUCUUGAAGUCGCACUCGGUACAAUCUAUUGCAAAUAGUUCGCGCUUGCAUACAAGAAAGCCAUGACAUUUUCAGAGCACUACAAGAGAUCAGUACGAGUUUGGCGAGAUUGCUCCAGUGCUUGAACCAAUGAUAUGUCUACGGAUUCGCAUUUCUCUGGAGUAUAUUCUUCAUACCUAGAUGUACAUGUGUACAUAUAAAAGGUGCAAAAACAAUUUUAACUAUUUAUCCACAUACAUAAAUACUACAUAUAUGUAUCUAUGUACUAUAUAUCUUGAAGCAUUAUUUUCCAUCAUCAUUUGUGACAUCGGAUCGAACUUUGCGGUGCAAGUGAUCAAAGCAUUGAUUUUGGAUUCAGUGUAAACUUUCAAGCAUUAACUUUUUAUUUGCAAUGUCAUUAACGAACAUACAUACUAUGUACAUACAUAUUUAUUCCAAAGCUAACGAACGCACUAAUGCUGUGAAUCGCCGAAAUUGCAAUGAGUAAGCAUUUGAUAACUCAGAUGUAACAAUUCGAUAUAAAACCCUUUAAACCUCCACUCAUUCUCAUUUAGUUUAGUAGCAUAAAAGUUAUAUAGUGAUUGUGUAUAUGUAUAUCUAUUAUAAAUGGGUACACCACGUACAUACCUACAAACAUACUUAAAAACAAAUAGCAUGUAUACAUACUAUACAUUUUUUAUACAAACAUAUU